ACAUUUCCGGCAAAUGUUAUAUGCGGAACGCCAAUUCUUAUAAUUGUAAUCAAAUAGCCACACAGCGUCACAGCGACUGGCAGUUUUUCAAAAUGAGAUUGUAUUGCCUCAGCGGUGACUUGGCAAAACCAUGCUACAUCAUCACAUUCAAAGGACUGCGCAUAAUGCUCGAUUGCGGCCUGACGGAGCAAACUGUGCUGAACUUCUUGCCACUUCCCUUCGUCCAGAGCUUGAAGCUUUCCAAUCUGCCAAAUUUCGUACCCAGCAGCGAUCAUGAUCCCCAAAUGGAUGGUGAGCUAAAGGAGUGUUGCGGCCGCGUGUUUGUGGACUCGGUGCCAGAGUUCAAUUUGCCCAUGGACAAAAUGCUUGACUUUAGCGAAAUAGAUGUAAUACUUAUUUCCAACUAUCUGAAUAUGCUGGCGUUGCCGUAUAUUACGGAAAAUACGGGCUUUAAGGGCAAAGUCUAUGCAACGGAACCAACGUUACAAAUUGGUCGCUUUUUCCUCGAGGAACUUGUGGAUUACAUCGAAGUGUCCCCGAAGGCAUGCACGGCCCGUCUGUGGAAGGAUAAACUGCAUUUGCUACCCAGUCCGCUGAGUGAGGCUUUUCGCGCUAAGAAAUGGCGCACCAUAUUCAGCCUAAAGGAUGUCCAGGGCAGUCUCUCUAAGGUGACCAUAAUGGGCUAUGAUGAGAAAUUGGAUAUACUUGGUGCUUUUAUAGCAACGCCCGUCAGCUCGGGUUACUGUCUAGGCUCCAGCAAUUGGGUACUUAGCACUGCUCAUGAGAAGAUUUGCUAUGUCAGUGGCUCCUCAACGCUAACAACGCAUCCUCGUCCCAUCAAUCAGUCAGCACUCAAGCACGCCGAUGUGCUAAUCAUGACGGGAUUAACACAGGCACCAACAGUAAAUCCGGAUACAAAACUAGGUGAACUCUGCAUGAAUGUGGCGCUCACGAUAAGAAACAAUGGUUCAGCCCUGAUACCCUGUUACCCAUCCGGCGUUGUCUAUGAUCUGUUUGAGUGUCUAACACAAAAUCUGGAGAACGCCGGACUCAACAAUGUGCCCAUGUUUUUCAUAUCACCCGUGGCAGACAGCUCUCUGGCCUACUCCAACAUUUUGGCCGAAUGGCUGAGCUCGGCGAAGCAGAAUAAAGUCUAUUUGCCCGAUGAUCCCUUCCCGCACGCAUUCUACCUGCGCAAUUCCAAGCUGAAGCACUACAACCACGUCUUCUCCGAGGGCUUCAGUAAAGACUUUAGACAGCCGUGCGUUGUCUUUUGCGGUCAUCCAAGUUUGCGCUUUGGCGAUGCAGUGCAUUUCAUUGAAAUGUGGGGCAAUAAUCCUAACAACUCGAUUAUAUUCACGGAACCAGAUUUUCCUUACCUGCAAGUAUUGGCGCCCUUCCAGCCGCUGGCUAUGAAGGCUUUUUACUGUCCUAUCGACACCUCGCUGAACUAUCAACAGGCCAAUAAGCUGAUCAAAGAGCUUAAGCCGAAUGUGCUAGUCAUACCGGAUGCAUACACAAAGCCACAUCCCACGGCACCGAAUCUAUUUAUAGAGCAGCCUGAUAAGAAAAUCAUUACCUUCAAAUGCGGAGAGAUUAUCAGAUUGCCAUUGAAGCGCAAGCUUGAUCGCAUUUAUAUUGCCUCAGAGCUGGCACAAAAGAUCACGGCACGUGAGGUGGCCGCUGGUGUUUCACUUUCCACACUCACAGGAGUGCUACAGGUGAAGGACAAGGUGCACUGUAUCCAACCGUGCGCAGACAGCAUUAAGGAUGAGCCCGGCACAAGCGGCAGCGGCAUUAAUGCCGUGGCGCCCUCUAAAGAGGAUGUGCUCAAAAAUGUCAAAUAUGAAUAUGGAACUAUCGAUGUGGAUGCGCUUAUGAAGCGCUUGGCGCAGGAUGGUUUCUCCAAUAUCAAAAUGGAUCGCAGCGGCGGCAACUUGACGCUCCAGCUAGUCAACGAAGACACGACCAUCAAAUUCGAGGACAAUGAAACUCACAUCAUCUGCGGCGGCAAGCCAACAACGCGUCUCAAGCUGCGUGACACGCUACUCAAGUGCUUACAGAGCUUCUAACAAAUCAUUUUUUAUUAAU